AUAUAUAGAGAGAGGGUCUGUCUGUAGCUCAAACCCAAACAUCUACCACCAAGUAUAACACAACUGUAGCUUGAUUUUGUUGAUCAAAAUCAAUUCCACCCAACUGAAAUGAGUCAAGGGGAGAAUGAUCUUCAGCACCUUACAUCAACCAUCGCUGGAAAAAUUGAUGAAGGUGUCCGGAAAACUGAAUCCUUCUUCUCUUCAGCUUGCAUUUAUAGGGUGCCUGAAGAUCUUCGUAAGGGGAAGGAAAGCGCCUACACCCCUCGCUUCAUUGCUAUUGGCCCUCUUCACCGAAACGACAAACACCUCCAAACACCUUUGCAACUUGUCAAAAUGAGCUACACGAAUUACCUACUCUCUCGACUAACCAAAGGAAUAAAGGACCUGGCAUUAGCAGAGCAGAGAAAGUUCACGGUGCUACAAAAUUGUUUAGCGGAAAUGAAGACAUUGAUAGACGAUGCAAAAAAAUGCUACGCAGAAGAAGUUACACUGGAUGAGGAAAUGUUGUUGGUCGAUGGUUGUUUCAUCCUGGAAUUUCUCUAUAGAUAUCACUCCUCAGAGCUGCAGCCACAAGAGAGAGAUCCUAUUUGUGGUAACAGUUUGAUCGUCACCAAAGUUGUAACCGACUUGAUACUCUUGGAGAACCAGAUUCCAUUCUUUGUGCUUGAGAAAUUGUUCCAGCUCACGGUGGAAAAGAUCCCGCAUCAUAACUGGUCUAUCACCGAUUAUGUGAAGAACUCCUAUGACGGAUGGUUGAGUCCAAUACGAAAAUCAGACAACAGUAGUAGCGCCAAAACUUGGUGUUCGCCCAGUGAAUGUGUCCUUGGGGUUAUUGGUUGUACAGCAGCAGCAGAAGAAGAAGAAGUAGUUCAAAGUGGUAAAAUUGAUGAUCGCUGCCGUACUGCCAAGUAUUAUCAUAUCCUCCAUAACCUACAUGAUUCUUACCUUCCUCAUGAUCAUCAAACAAAAAAUGAAACAUCUCGUCUUAUAGAAAUGCCUUCGGCGUCAGAACUCGUCUAUGCAGGAGUCAAGUUUGUUCCCGAUGCAGGAAACGAUCUGUUCAAGUUCAAGUUCAUUGAACCUAAAGGCCAAUUUUGGUGGUUUCGUAGAGUUCGUUUUGUAAUACCACCACUCGUGAUAUAUGACAGCACGGAGUCGUUACUCAGGAACCUCAUUGCCCUUGAACAGUUCUGCCCUGGCGUUCCACAUCAUGUUUCGUCCUACGCAACAGUCAUGGACAUGCUCGUGAACACUGAUAAAGAUGUCCAAGUGCUCGAAAAGGCUGGAGUCCUGACGAACUGGUUGGGUGCCACCGAGGACGCCACCGAUCUAUUCAACAAGCUAUGCAAGGAAAUUAUGUUAGGAAGUUACUUCGAUGACACGCGCAUGAAAGCCACAGAGUAUAGCAAGCGUUUUUGGCCGAAGAAUAUGGCACACCUGAGACGCACGUAUUUUGAUUCUCCGUGGACGUUCAUAGCUUUCGGUGUCGGCUUCAUUGCUUUUGUCAUAUCCUUGGUUGAAUUCGUCCAUGAUUUCGCUAAAAAAGCCUGAUGUAGCUGGUAAGGAACCAAGAGAUCGAUGGGGUCGAUCAAUAAAUCAAGUGGGUCAAAAUUUGGGUGUGCAUCUAUAAGUAGUGUGUUUGUGUGAUGUAUAUUA